AUGACGACUAUUUUAAACGGUUCACUCAGGACACUGGAUAAAGAACUGGUGCCCCCAGGGGUAAAUUCUCAUUCCCUGAAGGCACCAGAACAAGAACUCUGGUCACCUGAUUCUUACUUCAAAUGUUUAUUGGACUUUUCUUUAUCGUCUUCAGGUCUUGUGGAAAUCUGCCUGAUGCACCCCCUCGAUGUGGUGAAAACCAGGUUCCAGAUUCAGAGAUGUGCAACUGAUCCAAACAGUUAUAAAAGCUUAGGGGACAGCUUUCGAGUGAUUUUCCGAACCGAGGGGUUGUUUGGUUUUUAUAAGGGAAUUCUGCCACCCAUCUUGGCUGAAACACCAAAAAGAGCAGUGAAGUUUUUCACCUUUGAGCAGUACAAGAAAUUGCUAGGAUAUGUGUCACUGUCACCAGCGUUGACAUUUGCCAUUGCUGGACUGGGAUCUGGACUAACAGAAGCCAUCGUGGUUAACCCUUUUGAGGUAGUAAAAGUUGGCUUGCAAGCCAAUCGGAACAAAUUUACAGAGCAACCAUCUACCAUGAGUUAUGCAAGACACAUCAUUAAGAAGGAAGGCUUGGGACUCCAGGGCCUCAACAAAGGAUUUACAGCAACUUUGGCACGUCAUGGGGUUUUCAACAUGGUUUAUUUUGGCUUCUACUACAAUGUCAAAAACAUUGUUCCUGUCAAUAAGGAUCCAACCUUGGAGUUUUUGAGAAAAUUUGGGAUUGGUCUUCUCUCGGGUACAAUAGCCUCAGUCAUUAACAUCCCUUUUGAUGUUGCCAAAAGUAGGAUUCAAGGGCCUCAGCCAGUUCCUGGAGAAAUCAAGUACAGAACCUGUUUUAAAACAAUGGCAAUAGUCUAUCGGGAAGAAGGGAUUUUAGCUUUGUACAAGGGCCUGCUUCCCAAGAUUAUGAGGCUUGGACCAGGUGGUGCAGUGAUGCUGCUGGUUUAUGAAUAUGCCUACUCAUGGCUUCAGGAGAACUGGUGAUUGCCUAGGAAGGGUUUUCCCACUUGAAAUAAUGCAUAUUUACUAAAUAGCACCAUGACGAGAGACUAUCAAUCAGCUAAGUUGAUACAAUUAUAAAUUAUAAUUAUACAAUUAUAUACAAUUAUAAAGGGGAAAACAGUUUGUUCAAGAACAAAACUUAUUUUGAUAUUCAAA